GAUGUUAUUAAUGAUGGCUCACAUUUAGCCUGCUGGUAUCCUCAGCAUCAAACGCACUAUAUUUAUCCUUUUUUUUUUUUUUUUUUUACAAAUAAGUCCUUUGCGAAGACUCCCUAGGUCCGUGAUUGCUUUGCAUUAAGACGCAACCCAAUGAAAAUAAAAGCAUAAAAGAAUCUAGCUUAUGACCUUAAUGUUUUUCAGAUCUUCAUAUUUGAGUGGCUACGUUGUGGCAGAGAAGGCAAAUUAUGAAAGUAAAAAAAACCCCAACAUUUUUAUGCAAAUAAUCAGCAUUUUAUACGUAACCGUUAAAUAAAGGCGAAAAAACAUUAAAGCAGAAGAGCUUUUAGGACCGUGCCAUGGUUACUUGCUUAGCCUUUUUUCCCUCCUUCAGAUCAAAAACGGGUUCUAGAACUAAGCCAUACGACAAAAUAUAAAUGCAUUUAUAAAGAUGUCGUUUGUAAUCAUUAUCGCUCGAACCACUUAAUAAAUCGGACGCGUAUUAAGAGCAAUUUAAAUGACAUAAGGAUAAAUCACAGGGCCCCUAUUUAAAAAAAACAAUACCGCCCUGCAAGGUUUCUCCCUUGCUUUAGUCUACGAAAUAAUUCGAAUUUAUGCUUAUGAAACAAAAUUACAGUGCAAUGUUUCAAAUACUUACCAUCCUUAGAUCUGUCUAAAAAGAAAAGCAACACUCGGGUAACCCCGUCCACUAGUUCAAAAGCGAGAGGGGAACCUUACGCCGGCGCAAGCGCCUGUCACGUCAAGCCCGUCAGCCAAUAGAAAAAGAGCGAGGAAGAAACGCGCGGUUUGAUUAGCUGGCAGCGCCUCGCUUUGGAGACAUGUGUAAAGGGCCGGCCCAUCAUUUUCUGGGAUUGAAAUGUAAGCCUGCGCUCCUUGCCAUCAGGAAACAGAAGGCGAAUUUUCCUCUCUUGCAACUAAUCGGUAUCGCAUCCGUCUCGGACGCUUAAUUUUCAUCCACAUCGGCUUCGGUGCAAUAAAAAGCAGCUAAACUGGACUCGGAACAGGUCAGAAAAGGACAGCACAGCGAAGUUUCUUUUUUCAUCGGGAGGCUAAACGCAAUGGAGCCAGCCUUUGGGGAGGUAAACCAGCUGGGAGGCGUUUUUGUGAACGGAAGACCCCUGCCCAAUGCCAUCCGGCUCAGGAUAGUAGAGCUGGCACAGCUGGGCAUCAGGCCUUGCGACAUCAGCAGGCAGCUCCGCGUCUCUCACGGAUGCGUGAGCAAGAUUUUGGCUCGGUACAACGAAACCGGCUCGAUACUUCCCGGCGCAAUCGGCGGCAGUAAACCCAGGGUCACGACCCCGACCGUGGUCAAGCACAUUAGGACUUACAAGCAACGGGACCCCGGCAUUUUCGCUUGGGAGAUUAGAGACAGACUGCUCGCGGACGGAGUGUGCGAUAAAUUCAACCUGCCCUCCGUGAGCUCGAUCAGCAGGAUUCUCCGCAACAAGAUCGGAAACCUGUCUCAACAGAACCAGUACGAGUCGAGCAAACAGCCUCAUCCUCAGCCUCAACCCGCCCUACCUUACAACCACCUGUACUCCUACCCAACUCCGAUCGCGGCCGCUGGGACUAAAGUACCAACUCGGCCCGGCAUGCCCACUCUUCCUGGACACAUGGCAAUGCAUAGGAUAUGGCCUUCCUCUCAUUCUGUUACAGAUAUUCUGGGCAUUCGGUCAAUAACGGAGCAGCAAAUUAGUGACAGUCCGCCCUUUCCCAGCGCCAAACUAGAAGAAUGGAGAGCUAUUAACAGGAGUAAUUUUUCACCAGCGAACUCUCCACUAGUCAGUGGUGCGGAUAAACCUCACUUAGAACCCGAAGCCAAAUACACACAGGUAAAGAAGCCUCCUAUGUUAACAAGCAAAACCAAUCAAAUCCAAUCCGGAAGGAGCAGGGGGGGGAAAAGAGAGCCUGAUUCAGCAAAUUAUUACUCGAAAUUCCAUAACUUUUCUCUCUCUCUCUCUCUCUCUCUCUCUCUCUCUCUCUCUCUCUCUCUCUCUCUCUCUCUCUCUCUCUCUCUCAAAUCCGUGUGUGAAUGUGUGCGCGCGAGUGUGUUUCUUUGGCGUGGGCGGGCGCACGAGGCCUCGCGCGGACCGCGGGUCACUGGGUUUCAGAAGUAUUUACAAAUUAAAUGUAGUAUCUCACAUUUUGAUUUGAAUAAAACGAAACGACACUGUUUAGCCUGCUCGUGUCUGUUUUCGCGCGGCUGUUGUGUGUGAGACCGCGGGGCUCUUCGGAGCGAGCUUCACGCGUGCAUUACCGAGUCAAAAUGUAUUCAUAUUCCUCAAUGCUUUUUUUUUUUUUGGAGAGCGUAAUCCUGAGUGUGUGACGAAUAAAACUGCAAUAAACGUUUUGCUACAAUAUUUUGCAUAGGCUAAUUUUUAAACAUCUAACCGAUAUUUUUUUUAUCCUGUUCUUUUCUGAUUAAGAUAUUACUUGAAUUAUACGUUUGCUUGUCAUAGACGUUUCAUUUUACUACAUAGUCAAGAUAUGUUUUUUUUUCUCCUGUGAUUUAACGAAUUUUAAUUUUUUUUUUUAAAGAAUAUGACUUUGUCGAAAUCAGUGACUUACGAUUUCUAUGUAACCCGUUAACACAAAAUCAGCCGAAGUAAAAUAGAACAACAAUGUGGUUAAAUAUGAUUAGGGUUAUUUUAAUCAAUUUAUGAUUUAAUUAUUAUAUAGCUAUUACACAGUAAAUAUUUUGUGUAGCUUGCGGCUCAUCGAAGUCUUAUCAGUUAAUUAUUAUUAUUCAUUAAAGCUUUAAACAUUUGCAUUACGUAGCCUACAUUAAUUUACAAUACAAUAAACAAUAACUAAAUAUUAAAAGUGUCUAUCUUUGUUUCAGUGCACAUGUACGCUCCUUAUACCCAAUACAUAUGCAUUCGGUUAUUCUUUAAUAAACACGCACCCGUAAUGCAUUACAUUACUUUUUUUAAUAUUCGCCCAUUCUUAUAUUCACCAGAAACCUUUGGAUUGCUAAACCCCUUACCUGUUUUACAUUAGAGCAAUACUCGGGAUAGACACCGCCACCGUUACCACGAUUUUUAUCAUUAAUAUGCUAUUAUGGAAACUAGUAUCUGGUUGUUCCGCACACGGGCGUUGCGCACUCAAGCAAAGCGUAAAAGACAGUAAAAGCCAAACGUUUAGAUAUUUUUUUCGAGAAACUCGUCUGCGCCAGCGUCCGGCCGCUCGCGCGCUUGGAUGAGAGGGGAGAGCGCGCGCGGAAAAAGCGCGUGCCAUCCGGUGCAGACGCACGAAUUAUUUAUUCUCGCGCCGCUAGGCAGCAACAAACAGAUUGACUAAUCGUUUGUUGUGGGUCUUAAGAGAUUUAUGUGUCGUGGAAUACGAUGGAAUAAAUCUUUAUUAGCGACGCUGAAACAUUGUUUCGGCGUAAAUUACGCGUGUACUGAUUGAAACCUAAAAAAAAAAAUGAAGAGUCUAGUUUGCUUAAGAAACGAAGAUUGUAAGCUUCGGAUGGAUGAUGAAUAGCGCAGACUACCGAAUGUUUGAGGCUGUCAUCUUGGAUAAAUGAUCAGAUAUCACGAGGCAGGCUGAAUUACGCAAUAAACGAGGACAGUAAAUAGAUAAAUCACUGUGGCUUAAAGAGCUUGUUUGUAUCUGUCAGAAAGCCCGAUAACUUGAAACUAAUUUUUUAAAAAUUAAAACCAAGAAAGGUCAUUGAAAAUGAAUCGACGUUCACGGCAUUUUAAUUAAAAUAGUUUAUGUUAUGCGUCUCUCAUAACCAAUACAUUUCAAUUACAUUUUACAUGCUACAAUACACGCAGUGAAUUAACACGUAGGCUGAUAAUAUAUAAUACAUUUACUGAGAAUUAUUACCUUUAUUUCCAAAACUUUUAUUUAAAUAUCAAAUACUACAUUUAACUUUAUAAACUUUAACGCAUAAGGAGAUAUGAGUGUGUGUGUGUGUAUAUAUAUAUAUAUAUUAUAUUAUAUAUUUAUAUCUAAUUUGAAUCAUCCAGACACAGCGUGAUGACAUGCUUUAUUAACAAACGCAAUAGAUAGAAACGUUAUUUAGAGGAUACAUGAUUUACAUUAAGAUGACUUUAUUUAAUGUUACAACAUUGUCUAUUAUGGGAUGUCGGAAAAAAAAGGUAACUGAGAAACGGACGAUAUCUAAAAUGAAGCUAAACGAUUUAAAAAAAAAGCAGUCACUUCUUGGUUUGGUCAACUCCUAAGCGUUUUGUUUGGAAAUAUAUUAAAACGCAGAUACAUCGCAAUACAAAACAACUCUGGUGCAAAAUAUAACCUAAGCGUAAUUGUCUAACAUUGUCGAGUAUUUUUUUUCCUCUACGCGCGGUGGUCUAUGGCCGAUGAAUUUCGACGAUUGGAUUUUGGAUUUUAAUCAUAACACAUUGUUAACGACGUGUAAGAAGUACGUCCGAUGAUUUGAGUAAAAUCACACUGAAACAAGCCAAUAAAGCAGCCGCAGGAAAAUGUUCUUAUAGGCCUGCGUGUCAGAUACUUUGCGCUGCUAGACUAUAUAUAUAUAUAUAUAUAUAUAUAUAUAUAUAUAUAUAUAUAUAUAUAUAUAUAUAUAUAUAUAUACACACGCGUUUACUUGAAAAAACAAUCUCCUUGAGAAUUCUUAAUACUAAGUGUAACACUUUCGAAGCUUUUCUUCUUUCUGUCAAGCUAUGCUAUCGCCUUUGUUGUUAGUUCGUGCGUGACUCGAAUCAUUAAAGAUAAAGUGUGGCAGAAAAUUGGCUGCUUUCAAUGCUUUUUAAGCAAAGAAUAAAAAAAAAAAAACACCAAAGUGCUAGGGGUCAAGAGCGCCGUAAAGAGUAAAUUAAAAGCAAAUCCUAACUCGGCAACCAAAAAGAUUUCAUCUGCGCAAAACAUUUCCAGUAGCCAGAGACCACCCCGCCUCCCGAUCUCUUCCUUUAUGUAGAAAAGCCUUGGUGAAUUCCUCUCAUCCUGAACUGAUACUGACAUUCUGCCAAAGGGUUACAGGCAUUCCCGCGCUUGCAUCUUUUUUCAUUUCCGUCAGAUUUUGAACAUCUCGCCCCCCUUUUCUGCUUUACCAUCCGCCCAUCUCCCCUUGGCUGUUGGCCGCGUGUGGUCUUACGCUCACUGCUCUCUUGUUUUCAGACGCCGAAUGGAUUGCCCACAGCGAACAGUUAUGUCACAGCUCCCAGCAUCCAUCCUUACCACCCUCCCACCCAAGUGUCACCCUACAUGGGGUACAGCGGCACCACGUCGGCCUAUGUGACCGGCCCCACAUGGCAGCCGC